AAAGGAAAAAGUAAAACAUGCCUUUUGAAUGUGAGCGUAACAUGUGCCCUUUUGUCUUUGCAAAAUAGCUGAGGAGAGAAAAUGGAAAGAAAAAAUGAAAAGAAUGAAGCCAAAGGCAAAGGGGGAAAUAAACUUUCACUGCCUGACAAAUCAGAGGCUUUCUUACAAGGGGAAAGUGUACCAAAUUUCAGCCUUCUGCCCAAGACUGUGAAGCGAAGAGUUUAUGCCCUUAAGAGACUCCAGCUCCAGAGUGCCAACAUAGAGGCAAAGUUCUACGAGGAAGUCCAUGAGCUGGAGAGAAAGUACGCCACACUCUACAAGCCCAUCUUUGACAAGAGACGAGUGAUUGUGAGCGGUGCCGUUGAACCCACAGAUGAGGAAUGCGAGUGGCAAAGUGACAGAGGGGAAGAGGAUCUGGCUGAGGAUUUGCAGAAGAAAGCCACUCUGGACGAGAAGCAGGCGUUUUCAGCCGGUGCCGUCGAUCCCAAAGGUAUCCCAGAAUUCUGGUUAACCAUCUUUAAACACGUGGAUGUACUGAGUGAAAUGCUGCAGGAGCACGAUGAGCCAAUCCUGAAACACUUGCAGGACAUCACUGUGAAAUUCUCUGAACCUGGAAAGCCAAUGAGUUUCACGUUAGAGUUCCUCUUUGAGCCCAACAGCUACUUCAGUAACACCGUCCUCACUAAAGUCUACAAGAUGAAGUCAGAACCAGACGCAGCUGAUCCCUUCUCUUUUGAGGGCCCGGAGAUAGUGGACUGUGACGGUUGUAAAAUCGAUUGGCAUAAAGGUAAAGACGUGACUGUCAAGGUCAUCAAAAAGAAACAGAAGCACAAAGGAAGAGGAACCAUCCGGACCGUCACCAAAGAGAUUUCACAGGACUCUUUCUUCAAUUUCUUCAACCCCGUUAAAGCAACACCUGAUGGAGUGGAUGAAGAUUUGGACUUCACUCUAGCUACAGAUUUUGAGACGGGACACUACUUCAGAGAGAGGAUCAUCCCCAGAGCAGUGCUUUAUUUCACAGGAGAAGCCUUGGAGGACGACGAGAGUUUUGAAGAGGAGGAUCUUGAAGAGGGGGAGGAGGAGGACCUGGAUGAGGAAGGUGAAGAAGAGGAUGAGGGAGAUGACGGCCCCAUAGCUUAAUUCAUUUCUCACUUCAUGCAUUUGUAGACGGACCCUCCUCCUGCAGAGUGUAAACAGCAGUAAGAAUGGUCAACGGGCAGUCACGGCACAACUCGGCUUGCCUGUCAGAUGAUAGAAGUGACAACAAGGCCUAACCCCCUCAUGGACUCUGAACUAAUGCAAUAGAAACCAAACGCUGUUUAGAAAACGAUGCAUGUUCUACUGUUUACUUUGACAGAGAUGACCUCUGCACUCCAGUUUAGUGUUCUUAUUUCUUCAUGUGAUACAUAGCCUCAGUUCUCCACAAUAUGGGAUUAACAGAUAAAACAGAUUUAUUUUGGGCUGAGGCAAUGUCUCAAGUCACAAUGUUUGCCUGUAGCUGGUGUGUAAAUGCAAGCUAGCGAAGAUGCCACUUGUUUUGAAUUCCUUGUGUCCAUCCUCAACCUUUGCCAGUUUUGCAGUGGAGCUGAAUCUUGGACACAGCCCAGGUCAUGUGAACUCGCAGCCGUUGUCCACUGUAGCGUCACUCAGGGUUUUUAUGCCAACAAAAUCAUGAUCAUCUAAACCUCUAACAUAGAUGACUGACACAAGUGAUUCUUUUUGGUUUUGCUGUUACGAAAUAUUUACAAAGGUGUCAGCGUUUUUUUUUGUAAAAGUGGACGUGGUUGGUUCUACUCACUGGUAGCCAAACAAUGUGGAUGGUGGGAAAGGAGUAGCUAUGAUUUGUCACCAGGGUUGGGCUUCAUCAAAUUCCCAUUCCUGCGUGUGACGCGUUGCCAUGCCGUGAACUCAAUAUUUUAUUUGGACAUGUGGUUAAGUGUUAAGUUGCUUGCAUUCAUGCAUAGAAUUGAUGAAAUUACAGUAUUGAGAAUGUUAACAAGCAGAUCCUAUAGCCAUUGAAGGUUUACUCUCCGUUUUAACUGUGUGCAAGCCAUAGCCUUAUCUGAAACUUCUUGGUUCGUAUUGCAGCAUUGUUUCCAUUUUGUACAAAAUAGACAAAAUAUUCUAUUAAAUGUUGUGCGACACGA